GAGAGCCUGGGCGAUGGAGAAGCGGGGACGGGGUGGGAAGCUGCCGUCUACUGCGGCGCCUUUGCAGCCGCCGAUGACGCCUCGGAAAGAGAGGAGGCCUAGCAUGUUCGAGAAGGAGGCAUAUGCACAGAUUUUAAGAGAAAGACUGAGAGAAUCAAUUCAUGAUGUUCAGUACGUAGAGCCACCAUUUGAUGACUCAAUUGCUGAUACAGGUAAAGAAUGGAAGAGUGCCCUGGCAAAACUAAAGUUUGCUAAUUCAUAUAGAAUGGAGCCACUGAAAAAAUUCCAGGCUCAUUCAGUAGAAACGAAAGUCCAGCAGAUAUUAAAGGAAAAUCUUAAAGAUGUCAAAUAUGAUGACAAAGUCUUCUCUCAUUUGUCGCUUGAAUUAGCAGAUCGCAUAUUGCUAGCAGUCAAAGAAUUUGGGUUCCACCGUUAUAAGUUCAUUAUAAAAGUAUUAUUUAUUCAAAAGACGGGUCAGGCAAUCAAUAUUGCCAGCAGAUGGAUCUGGGAUAUUGCGUGGGACACUUGGGUUGCUGCGAAACAUGAAACUGAAACUUAUGUGGCAUUGGCCUUAGUAUUUGCUCUUUACUGUGAAUAGCUUGUUACAUGUACUAAAGAGUGUUUACUUCUCAACUUUUCAAAAAUACAUGAAAUUUAUAUUUGUGAACCUCAUAGUAGUUUUGAUUAGCUAUAUUUUUAUAUCUCCAAUUGAAGCUUAAUUGUAUUCUUUUAACAACAAAGUUAAAGCUGGAUUUUUACCUUUAUACUUACUAGUUAUCAUAUUUAUUAACAUUGUAUUACCCCAAAGUAUAAAAGUAUAAGAGGUAUAUGUAUAUGCCUUUUUCAUAUAUAUAUACGAAUACAUGAAUGCUUAUGAUGGAUUAUAAUAUGGGGGAAUUAUUUAUCAUCCUAGUUAGAUUUAAGAAAAUUAGAAUUUGCUACAGGAUAUUAUGAUGCAAACUUGUAAAAUGUCAAAUUAAGUAAAUGUUAAGAUAGAUUUUUGGAAAACUUCCAAAGGCAGAUAUUUUGAAUGGUAUCUUAAUAUACUACAUGCAUUCUUUUUUUUUUUUUAAAUGAAUUAGUGUUUUUUUUGUUUUUUUGUUUUUAAUUUUAU